CCGCUUUUGCUCUCAAACCAUUUGCAACACUUGCUUGGAUUCUUCAAUAUCUCCCCUCACUUUGAUGAUGGGACUAUUUAUUUCUAUUAGUACUGUUUCUAUAUUGUGCAUGUUCUUUACUAUGGAAAUUUGUAUUAUUAUUCAUCACUUUUGCUCUUAUGUACUGCCUCAAUUCAUUGUUAGGGUUUGAAGAUACCAACACUCACUUCAAUUCUUGAAAUUUCUUUAUUAGUAACUUUCUACAUUGUGCAGGGACAAAGAUCACGUGGAAACUUGUAAAUGUUCAUCAUAUUUCUUGAAAUUUAAAGAACGGGAAGUUGAAGGAGUCACAAAUAUUGUCUAUUAUAUCACUUUCACUUCAAAUCCUUCAAAUUCACUGCUUGGGUUCCACGAGAGCCAGAGCCGAACCCAGGAUUUAAAGACAGGGGAUGCACUACUAUAAAUGACUCAAGGUGAUUUCUCUUCGGUUUUUGAGACUUAAAACCUGUUUUCUAAAUUGCGUUGCUCUGGAAAAAGGAAAUGAUUCCCUGGCUUGUGCUUCUGUGUCUGAGGAGGAAUGCAACAAAAAACUUCUUGAGGUUGGCAGUGAGCUGCUUCAGCCUCCAUCUUCUAAGGAGGAGCUUCUGGAGAAACAUGAUGUGAGAGCCUUUUCCCAUUUCUUACCUUACUGAGUUUAGUAAGGGCCGAUGAUUAGUCCUUGGGGCUCUUUGAACCAGAUAUGGAGAUGCUAUGUCUAUGCUAUACUCAGUAGCUACGAGUGCAAAUCCACGGAGCUGAAUCCCUUCCUCAGGUUUUAUGCUAUACUGUUCAGUUUCCACAAUAGUAUGCCCUUAAAGAAAUGUAUAACACGAUUUAGGAUGCAGAGUCUGAUGUUCUUGAGAUAUCAAGGAAGCAUAGGAUGAUAACAACACGGUCAUUGAAUGGGCAGCCUUUAAGGUGAUGAAAACAUUGUUUACAAGAAAAUCAACUUGUGUGUACUGCACGUGAAUAAUAUAUUUGCAAUCCUUAUCAGUAAGUUUAUCAUAUCUAAGGGUCUUAAUUCUAUAAUUUAUACAGACAGGAUCCAUUCUCAAAGCACUGAUUUUGAAUAAACCAGUCCAACUAGAUUUGUCUCUGAACAGGACCCAAGACUUUAUUCCCUUACCUUUUUAAACCUUUCAAUACGUGGGUCUCCCUAGGUUCUUGGUGGCAACAAAUUUGAUGUAAUCUGUUUUUCCAUUCCUGUUACGUUUUUAGAAAACAAAUCUUUAUUUCACAUACUCGGAUAUUAUUUCAAUAGGCUAUAACAGUUUUACUGUCUAACAUUGCAUUCAACUACAUAAUCUAUUGCAAGACCUGCUGCAAAUGUAUUUAUAUUUCUGAUUAUCUAGAUAGAUUUACAAUACGGAGUAUAAUUUUCUGCUUUAAUUACUUCCCUAUUAUAUCCUUAAGGUUGAUAUAGUUGCUAGCAUAAACAUUACUCAUCUGAGUUUCAACAUAAAAACGAAUAAAGUUCGAGACUGAGAGCUUCUUAUUGUUAUUAUCACCUUUAUAUUUCUUUUGAUCUUUAGAUGUUGGCCGAAUACUUUUAUAGCAGAAGCACACAGAAAGGGCAGAGAAGAAGUGAAUCUAUACAGAUUACUGUAAUCUAAGCGGGUCAUUUAUUAGUAGACCCUUUUUGGCAAAUUCUUUUAUUUGAAACUCAAUUUUAAGAGGGAAAACCUGAAAAUUCAGGCCAACCUCAGUCCUACUCAUACAUAUUGAAUUUUUUCCCUUAAUAGCACAAAAGGUUGAGAUUUUGAAUAAAUCGUUUACAGAUUGGCGCUGCCUGCGCUGUAGGCGCCCAUUUUUCAUUCCCCUCUUUUCCUCUCUGCCUCUCUCUUACUUGUCUUUUGUAUACUAGUACUGGCGUUACUUUUGAGCCUUUCUGCAUCGUGGGUUUCCCCUUUUCUAUGUUGUAAUUUCUUUAGGGUUUUUGCAUCUUAAAACCUAGUUUUCAGAUUACAGUUUACUUCUUGUUAUUUGAGUGCUUUGAACAAAGGAAACGGUUUCCAUGGAUCUUACUCCUGUUUCUGAGGAGAAAUGCAUCAAAGGGCUGCGUAAAGUUGGAAAUGAGCUACUUCAGCAACCCCCAUCUUCUAAAGAGGAGAUUCUGAAGAAACUUGAUAACUUGGAGCAUCUUUUGACAAUGGUGAAGCAAGUUCCCCCAGCAUCGGUGCGAGAUGCUAUUCAGCCUGCAAUGGAAGCACUGGUUACAGAUGGAGUUCUACGGCAUCCUGACAUAGAUGUGAAGGUAUCAGUUGCAUCUUCCAUGAGUGAGAUCAUUAGAAUUACAGCUCCAGAUCAACCAUAUAAUGAUGCUAGACUUGAGGACUUUUUUAAGCUUGCAGUUUUGGCAUUUGGAAAAUUGUCUUGCUUGGAGGGUCGCUGUUAUUCAAAGGCUGUCUCAAUUAUUGAAGUUCUUGCUAAGUACCAAACGUGCGUGCUGAUGUUGGAUCUCCAAUUAGAUGCAUUGAUUGUUCAGAUGUUUCAAUAUUUUUUAACUAGUAUAAGGCCGGAUCACCCUGAUGAAGUAUUCAUGAACAUCAAAGAAAUAAUGACCAUGAUAAUAAAAGAGAGUGAAGAUAUUCCAAUGCAGCUUCUGAACACCCUUGUGAGCAUCCUCAUAAGUAGUGUAAAGAAGGAAAAUCAGAAUGUUUCACCUCGUUCCUAUGUUCUGGGAGAGAAAGUUCUUCAAGAAAGUGCUGUCAAACUCUAUCCAUAUCUUCAAAAGGCAGUGACGGACCUUGGCAUUUCCUUUAACAACUAUUCAGAAGUUGUUGAAUUAAUCUGGAGGGAGGCGAUUAAAACUAAAGCUACGGUGGAAAGUGCUCUGCAAGAGCUUUCACCACAUACUGCACAUAAGAACGAUGAUGUUGUUCUAGAGACAGUUUCAUCGUUAAAGGAACCAGAAGCAGCCAAAGAAGCAGUAGAUCCAGAAGCUGCUCAAACUUCAAAGAAAAGAGGUUGGAAACCUAUUCUUUUGAAUAAAGCAGAAGGAGGAUAUGCCGAUGCUUGGACAAGUACAGAAAGGAGAUCAAAUAUAAGAGCUGAGGGGAAAGCAGCUGAUGAUCUGGCUCCUCUAACAACGACCAAGCAGGAUAAUUUAACUCCAAAAGGAGGGCGCCGAAAUAAAGGGGUCAAGGUGGAUGUGCAUGGCUAUAAAGUAGAAGUUAGCAGUGCUCCCAUAUUGACUGCCAUUUUUGCCAAGUAUGGUGAUAUUGCAGUCAAUUGUCACUACAAAUCAUUGGCUUCCAGAGCUUCCCUUCUUGAUCUAGUUUGUGAUGUCGUAAAGAGGCUGAAAGCUGGUGAUGUUGGUUCUUCAUCAAUCAAACAGAUGAAAUCUUUUGUCUCUACUGCCGUGGAAGUCGAGCUUGAUGUAGCUUGGCUGCAGCAGUAUCUGGAUGAGAUUUCAAAAGAAGAGAACAUGGAGAAAAGGUUGCAUAUGGAUAUCGAUAUCCUUCUUCGUUGAAUUGUGAAGCAAGACAUCAAUUUCUCUGUGAAAUGAGUUUAUUAACAUUCGUUUUAUCAAACACAUAACAUUUUUGUUACCGAUCCUUUGCUCCAACGAUAUUUAGGUUUCUUCAAACAAUCUGAUUGAUAUUUUGUGUCAGUGUGAAUUAGCAUACAUGUAAAUUGCAUUGCAGACGCACAUAAAAUUGUUAGCUCUCAUUCAUCACUUGAAAAUUUUCCUACAUUUAA